GCGACGCUUUGUUUGACGCCGAUAAGUUGAAAAAUGGCAGGCACCGACAGCUUCAACCUGAUCAAGUUGAAUCAGCUCUUUCUCAGCUGUAUCCGGGAAGACAAUAUUGUUGAUUUAGAUUCGUAUGUAAAUGCGUACGAGGAAUUAAGCAAAUUAUUUGGUAUCCUGGGCAGUAUAUUUGGAUUUGUGGUCUCAGAUGUUGUGGAAAAGAUAGAAAUACUAAGAGAUUAUAGGAAAUCUCCAGAAGGGGAGCAUUAUAAAUCUAUUCAAAGUAUGAUCAGCUAUGAGGUAGAGAAAAAAACCACAGAUAACAAGAAGAAGGCAUCAGGGGCCAGGACAUUGCUGCGACUUCAUCGUGCGAUGGAAUUCACUGCUCAGCUGAUGACUGAUGUGAGGAAUGCAGAAGAAGGAGCGAAGAUGUCAUCCAUAACAGCCACGGCAUACAAUGCUACGCUGUCCAAAUACCACCCUUGGCUUAUACGUAAAGGUGUGAGUGUUGCCACAUACACACUACCAUCACGGAAACAACUCCUCGAAAAGAUCAUGAUGUCUGAUGACCAAUCAAAAGUCGAGGACCUGAUGGAGGCAGCAAACCUUCAGCGACAAAUGUACGAUAUAAUUCAAAAGAUAUAUGAGACAGAAAAACUGCUCAAUUUACCAUAAUGUUUGCAGAAUUAGGAUUUUUGUAAUUUAUUGGAUCACUGACAUAAUGUUUACCAAAUUUUCUCAGUAUGUUGUGGAAGAUUUAUUUGGAUAUCUUUACCUAGCUUAAAACAGUAAAUGUCACAAAAGGCUUGAGUUACGAACUUUUAUUAAGUUUGGGUUAGAAUAAACAUUUUCUCCCAAAGAAUAAUAAAAUUUUUGGUAUCCUCCUGUACCAUAUAUAUAAUAUAAUCAAUCAACUUUUAACACUUACUGUUUGAGAAUAAUGUUGAAAUUUUUGUAUGCUUAAACACAUUUUAAAGAAUAAGAAUUAUGGGAGGGAUAUAUAUCUCAAUUUAACUUUAAUAUGAAAAUAUGCUUGUUUUUGAAAACAUGCCCCCAAACAUACACUACACCAAAUUUAAAGGCACUUUUUUUUCUUCAUAUAUAUAUAUUGAUAAAUCCUAGCACAACAAUGAUAAUGCCUGGUAAGUGCCAGCAUUUUUCUAAACAGCACUGUUGAUACUGUCAUAUAAAUUUUAUGUUUAAUUUUAAUUUAAUGUCCUUCAUUAUUGUCCUUUGUGCUUUAUAAUUUAUUUCCAUCAUUUCUUGCCCUGGCGAUACACAACCAGAUUAUGUGAGAAUUGCUAUCUAUAAUGAAUGGACAUGGGAAGAGUUGUUGUGUUUACCACAAACUUUUUAUUGAUCACUUUAACAUUUUAUUUAUACCAUGACAAUGUCUUUGUGAGAAUGAGGCUGUGAUAGUAAAAUACCAGGGGUAGUCGGAUUUUACUAAAUAUUGUGUAUGAAUCUCUUGAUUUGUGUAGUAGAUUCAUUUCAGUUUUCUUAGAACAUAAAAAUAUCCAUAUGGACUACAGAUACUGAAAAAAGUGUUAUAUUGAUAAAUUAUGAUAAAAAAAAUUAUAACAAAGUUGUGUUUUUUUUGUUAUCUUAUUAAGGAUGUAUGUUUACUUGAUUUUAUAAAAAGUGUUAUCUCCGCUUUGGUUUCAGUUUUGACUUGCCUUCAUGUAGCUCAAACUACUAUUAAUAAUAUGUUUAGUGUUUAAUACAGAGAUUUAUACAACACUAACAUAAGCUUGGAACCUUCAAUAAAAUAAAAUGGUCAAUUUUUUCUUUUGAUUCUAAAUGAAAUUAUAAUUACUGAAAAAUAACAGAUUUUUUGGUAGGAAAUUUACCUGUGUGUGGGUAUAAGGAAUUUCUUCUACUCCUCAGUCUAGCAUCCAAAUGUAUUGUCACCUUAAAUAUUUAUUUGGAAUUAAUGCAUUUAAGAGCCAAGCAACAAUUCAUGUGUCAUUUACAAAUGAUGGAAGUGUGUGAUCCAUAGUAUUAGAUGCUAUUGACACAGCAAAACAUAUACCAGGAGUAUAUAGAAGUUUUUAUGCUUCAAUAUGUACAUGCCUGUAAUAAGAUUGUCUAAAUGACUGUGAGGUGUAAAAUGUUAAAUCCUUUUACUGUGAUAUAUUUGUUUAAUGUGUUGGGAGUCCUGUGUUUGAGGGUCCUAGAUAGUAGCGUUCUGAUUUCCUUGCACUCCUGAGUAUUGAUUUAUUAAAUGUUUUAAACCUUUUA